AUGUGCGGCAUCUUCUUCUCUCUCGCGAGAGCACGUGAGCUUUGCCCGGACGAUCUUGUCAAGGACGAGUUGAUUGCGAGAGGGCCAGACAGCUACAAACAGUUGCACAUCGCAGUCCCUGCCGCACCCCGCGACAUAGUUCUCACAUUCGUCUCUUCUGUUCUAGCACUGCGAGGGGACUAUGUCCAACAGCAGCCGUUGCAGGAAUCCUCUUCGGGAUCUGUCCUCUGUUGGAAUGGAGAGGCUUGGAAAGUAGAGGGGACCGCGGUUCAGGGAAACGACUCGGCACGCAUAUUCGAUCUUCUUGUGCAUGCCUCACAUUCAGGUGGCUGUCAAGAUCAUCGGCAGCGCAUAGUCCAGGUCCUUUCCGCUAUAGCCGGGCCCUUCGCAUUCGUCUUUUAUGAUGCGCCAAAUUCCACUGUCUAUUACGGCAGAGAUCAACUGGGGCGGCGCUCAUUACUCGUCGCCCACGGCAGGGAUGACUCGCUGACAGUGUGCAGUGCUUUCACCAAUCCACUGGAUGCAGGAGACGCCGAGGUCUCCACGUCGGCCCUUCAUUUUGUUUCGCUGGAAGAUGGACACAUUGUGUGCGGCGACCUGCCGUGGCUUAGCGGGCUCGCCAUCAUCAAUAAGACGCAACCCUCGUAUCCCCUUGAACCGACUCCUUCUUCUACUAGUGUUACCAAUCUUCUGGACCAUCUAAAGAGUGCUGUGGCGACCAGGGUUUUGAACAUUCCUAUUCACUCCCACAGUCAGAGUUCUGCACAAGUUGCAGUCCUUUUCUCCGGAGGACUUGAUUGCACAUUGCUUGCUCGUCUCAUGCAUGAAGUCCUACCCGAGGAAGAAGCAAUAGACCUGCUGAAUGUGGCAUUCCAGAAUCCACGUUCCCUCGCUGCCAUGGCUAAUGCUACAGAAUCGGCCUACGAGCUGUGCCCAGAUCGAAUGACGGGCCGCAGCAGUCUUGCUGAGCUUUGUCAAGUUUGCCCGGGUCGACGGUGGAGGUUCGUGGCAAUCGAUGUCCCCUACACCGAAUCACAAGCCCACAAAGCCACCAUACAACGACUCAUGUACCCGCACAAUACAGAAAUGGAUCUUUCCAUUGCCAUGGCACUCUACUUUGCUGCCCGCGGCACUGGCAGCUUCUCUGAAACCCCACAGCUUCCGGCAGCAGAGGUCAAGCCUGUCACCUCCAAUGCUAGAGUCCUGCUCUCUGGAUUGGGUGCAGAUGAGCUAUAUGGUGGAUAUUCCCGACACGCUGCAGCAUUCUCUCGGGGAGGGUUCACCGACCUCGCAGGCGAACUUGAGCUCGACUUUAGCCGGAUCGGCACGCGUAAUCUGGGUCGGGACGACCGUGUCAUGAGCCACUGGGGGAAAGAGGUGCGUUAUCCUUACCUUGACGAAGAUCUGGUAAAGUUUUCUCUAGCUCUUCCAGUAUGGGAAAAAUGCGGAUUCAGAGUUGAAAAGAAGAUUCCAAAACAUUACGAACAAGUGGGUCGGGCGACCCAGCCUGAGGAUCUUGAGCCGGCGAAGAUGCUGUUGAGGCUGGCAACAUGGGAACUAGGGAUGCGUACUGUUGCCUCAGAGAGGAAGAGAGCAAUUCAGUUUGGCGCCAGAACCGCGAAGAUGGAAGUCGGUAAAGGGAGGAUGAAGGGAACACAUGUCUUGGGGGCUGCAAGAUGA